GUUUAUCGAUAACUGUUCAUAGUUUUAGCGCCAAUAUAUGUUGAUAAACUGGUUAAUCAACAUUUUUUAGUUUUGGAAAUUAUAUUUGUCGUGAUUUUAAUGUUUGUAUAAUUUGUAUCUCUAUUUUUUUAUAUUUUUAAUCGUAAAUCUAAGUCAAGUAAGUUUUACAAAUUACAUUGUUAGACAAUCAUGUGUUCUUAAAUUUGAAAAAGAAAUAAAGUAACUGAAUUGAUAAAUUCAUAUUAUAUUUCUAUUAUUCAUGAAUUACAUAAUAGUUACAUAUACGCCAUAACGUUUUACAUAUAUUUCAUUUCCAAUCAUUUAAAAGUAAUUGCAAUAAUUCGAAUCAGUUACUGUCAACUUUAGUCAAAAAUGGAUCUACAUUCAGAAGAAAGUAAUGAUAUGGCAAUAAACCUUCCUGAUAUAGAAACAGUAGAACGUAUAAGGAAAAGAGCAAAAUUAAAUAAUGUACAAAAAAAAUCACCACUAAAGAAAGUUACUAAUCGACAAGAACAGAUAGAGAAAGAAAAAAUUAGAGAAGCAUUAAGAGAACAACGCUUGGAAGAAAAAAGAAUUUUGGAAGAAGAAAAGUUGAUAAGAAAACUAGAAAAGGAAAAUAAGAAAAUUGAAAAGGAAAAAAUGAAGAAAGAAUAUAUUGAAAGGCGGUUAGAAGAAAAGAGACUCCAAGAAGAAGAACGUGCUCUGCAAUUAGUUAUUCAAGCAGAAGAAAAAAUGAAACGCAAGCUGGAAUAUCAAAUUAUGCGCGAGAAUCAAAAGAAACAGAAAUUGGAUGAAAAGAGGAUAGCGGAAGAAGAGACUUUGAAAAAACGCAAAGAGCAAGCCCUGAAAGGAAUGAACUAUUUACUAAAAAUAAGCUCCAAGUAUUCAGACUUUUUUAAGGAAAAACUUUUGGUGGAUAAUAAAAAAAGUUCUGCAACCAAAUCUCUACAAGAAAAAAAUAAACUUUUGCCUACUUUAAGUGAUAUGAAGGAAGCAGUCGAUGCUAAAAUUCAAUCACCUGUUGUUAAAGCUAAAAAUGAUAUAAAACAGGAGUUGAAGUUGUUUGAGGGAGGAAGUUUGAGAGAAUACCAAAUUGAGGGAGUACAAUGGAUGGUCAAUCUACUGAACAAUGGUAUUAAUGGUAUAUUAGCAGACGAAAUGGGGCUCGGCAAAACAGUUCAAAUUAUAGCCCUGAUAGCUCACCUUAUGGAGAUAAAAGUACCAGGUCCUUUUCUUAUAAUAGCUCCUCUAUCCACUAUACCUAAUUGGGAAAUGGAAUUUCAAAGAUUCGCUCCAAGAAUACCCGUAGUAGUUUUUCACGGAAACGAAUCUCAAAGAAUCCAAAUGUAUUCGGAGAUCCAAAGGAGGUAUAAAGUGGGAGAUUUCUGGACUAGACCUGUAGUUCUAACGACUUAUCAAACGCCUGUAGCAGAACAAAAAAUUCUGAAAACAUUGGAAUGGCAGUAUAUUAUUAUAGAUGAAGGACAUCGGGUGAAAAAUCAUGAAUGCCAAUUAGCAGUUAUGCUGCGAUCCCUGACUUCAUCAAAUCGGCUUCUAUUGACUGGUACUCCUAUACAUAAUAAUAUUACGGAACUUUGGGCCUUAUUAAACUUUUUAAUGCCGCACAUAUUCAAUCACGUCGAUACGUUCGCUUCUCUUGUAAUGCUGGAAGACAUGAAGGAUGAAAAUAAGCUGAUUGAACAAGAGGAAAAGACCAAUUUCAUAACGACCCUUCACAGAGUUUUGGAACCGUUCGUAUUGAGAAGAUUGAAGAAGGACGUUUUGGGAGAUGUAGUACCGAAAAAGGAAUUAAAUAUCUAUUGUCCUUUGACGAAACUACAACACGAUUUGUAUAAUUACGUUAUCAAUAAAAAUAUGGCCAAAUUGUUGAGAAUCGAAGAAGAUGCGCCUUUACCCCGCCGAGGAAGAAGAAAACCCAAAAGUUAUUACGAACCGCCGGUAGAGGACGAUUAUUCCGAUUACGAAGAAGAAUUAUUGCAAAUGGAAAGGGCUAAUACCAAACAGGAUCUCAAAAAAGAACACAUCAAGUUUAUUACGAGGAUAACUAUGAUGUCUCCGAUGUCGAUGUUUAAAAAAAUCGUCGAUCAUCCUUAUCUCGUACAUUUUCCACUAGAUCCUGACGCAGAUGAGAAAACUUUGUUAAUUAAUGAGGAUUUAAUCUGUAGCAGCGGAAAAUUGAUGGUCCUAGAUCAAUUAUUACCUAGAUUGAAGAAAGACGGUCAUAAAGUAUUGAUAUUUAGCACUUUGGUGAUGUCGCUGGAUUUGAUCGAGGAGGCGUUAAUAAUGAGAGAAUAUAAAUAUUGUCGUUUGGACGGUGGAAUGAAUUUGAUCAAUAGAAAACACAACAUCGAAAGGUUUAGUAAAGAUCCGGAUAUGUUCGUUUUUUUGUUAUCUACCAGAUCCGGAGGUCUGGGUCUUAAUUUGACAGCAGCGGAUACAGUUAUAUUUUUCGAUAGAGAUUGGAAUCCUCAAAUGGAUAUACAAGCUCAAGACCGUUGUCAUAGGAUAGGUCAAACGAAACCUGUUAUGGUGUAUACCUUGGUAGCUAAAAAUACCAUCGACGAUUUGAUUAUUAAUAGGGGGUAUCAGAAGAGGUUGUUGGAAAAGAUUAUUAUACAGGACGGUAAAUUUAGAAAAUCUGGAGAAACGAACAAAAUCAAAGAUGAAUUGAUAACUUUGCAAAAAUUGUUGAAGGAACAAACGACGAAUUUCGACGAUCUGACCAUACCCGAGAAGGAAUUAGACCGAUUGUUGGAUAGGUCCGAAUUAUGGGCAAUGAUGAACAAGAAAGAAAUGUGAUAAUGAUUGUAAUUUUAUUGAUUCAUUUUAUUUUUAAAACUACUCCAAUAUUUAUCGCCAUUAUAUUUAUCAAGUUACCCUUUAAUGCAAAUGAUUAUAUAAAUUCAAACACUUUACAAUUAUUUCACCUACACUUUGUGAAUAUUUACAAGAUCACCCUGUAUUUUGAAAUUAUUUUUUACAUUCCCACGUUUUAUCUAUAAUCUCGUGAUUUGUUUUUUUAUAUAUUUAUUCGUUUUAAGUAUUUUUUUUGAUAAUGUUACACGAAUUAUUAAAUUUUGUAAUGUGUGUAUUUUGUAUUUCAUUAAAAGCGACGUAACGUGUUGGAACGCUCAAAUCUAAUUGUAUUCGAUAAAAUGCAAUCUUAUCUGUCAUUUGUUUUGUGUCAUACGUCAAUCAUUGAUUGUUUAUCUGUCACAAACCAAAUAACAGAUGAUGGUUGACGUCUUAGAAGGCGUAGCUGCAGAAAAAUAUGUAAUAGUUACCUAACCUCUAUUUAUAGUUGUUAAGUGCAGACGCACACCGAUCUGUUAAGUACGUCGGUUAUUAAAUAUUAUUUUUAUACUAAUUUCUAUUUAACUUAAUAAAACAUUGUUCUUUUUA